UCUUUUUGCGGAGAUAAGAUCCAGAGCCGGACUUACCAGUGGCACCACCGUCGUCUAUAAAUCCACCGGCGUCUACGCUCCCCUCGACGCCGACGGACAGCAGAGCAGCACAGCACUACUACCCUGCUUUGGAUCAAGAACAGAGGACCCAUCACCGAUGGCUGCGUUUGCUGCCGUGACCAUGCCACUCCCAGGUCGCGUCUCCGGAUCCCGGCGGCGCGUGCUGGCGCGGGCUUCUGCGACGAUGGCGGUACCGGCGGGGAGGACGCACUACGAGGUGCUCGGGGUCGGCGCGGGGGCCAGCAGCGGGGAGAUCAAGGCGGCGUACCGGCGCUUGGCGAGGGAGGUGCACCCGGCCGCCGCCGGAGGAGGCGACGGCGAGGGGUUCAUCCGGCUGCGCGCGGCCUACGCCACGCUGGCCGACCCCGACGAGCGCGCGCGCUACGACCGGGAGGUGGCCGGCCGCGCGGCGGCGAUGAUGGUGCGGCGGGCUGAGGCGGCGGGGCCUGUGUUCCGGCGGAGGACGUGGGAGACGGACCAGUGCUGGUAGGACGACGCCGGGCAUACGCAUGCUCUGCUUUCCCAUUCCCCAGGCCGGCGGCCGUUUGGUUCAGACACGGUGCGGCGUCGCGGCCCUGCUCGCCGGAGGAAAAACCGCGUCAGUUGCCAAGCGCCGUUCGAUCCGUCUUGGACGGCCCAGAUCGUGGUCGCAAGAGGAAGAACUGCGGCACAGCGAGAGACGUUUUUUUUUUUGCGGGUGCGAGAGACGUUUCUAGAAGAUCUCUUGUGCGUUCGAUCAUUAGCAAGAUGCAAAUUUGUAAAUUAAUUCAGGCCUAAUCCUGAAGGAAUAUAUACACUAGCUCUUUGGUUCGACAAGGAAUUAAUGAAUACUGCAAUAAUCCAUGUCGAUCAUUUUUUA